UGCGAAGGUACUCAUUAUACACCUAAACUUCUCUUGGUAAACACUUUAAUAUUUUUUAGUGAAAAUCAGAAUAACAUCAUCGUUCAAUAGUUUUACUGAGAAAAUCGUGCACAGACGAGGAAAAUGAUCAUUAAUAUCGAACAAGGAGCUAUACAAGGUCAAUAUUAUAAGACCCGUCCGUCAAAUAAACCGUUUGUCAGUUUUCUAGGAAUACCCUAUGCUAAGCCGCCCGUCGGUGAACUACGAUUUAAGCCACCUGUCAAACACCCUGGAUGGACCGGAGUUUACAAAGCUUUUUCGAAAAAAGAAAAGUGCGUACAACUCGAUCCGGCUUCAAUGGAAAAAGUUUUUGGAAGCGAAGAUUGUUUAUACUUGAACAUAUUUGUGCCACAAGAAAUCAACGAAAAGAAACCUGUAAUGAUCUUUGUGCACGGAGGCGUAUUUAACUUAGAUUCAGGAUCGUCAAACUUAUAUUCUCCGGACUAUUUAAUCGAAGAAAAUGUAAUCUUGGUCACGUUUAACUAUCGCCUUAAUGUUCUAGGAUUUCUAAAUCUGGAUAUUGACGAUUGCCCUGGAAACAUGGGUUUAAAGGAUCAACUAUUGGCGUUUAAGUGGGUAAAAGAAAACAUAGCGGCGUUUGGAGGCGACGCUAAUAACAUAACAGUUUUUGGCAUUAGCGCUGGAUCAGUGUCGAUCCAUUGUCAUAUACUUUCUCCGUUAUCGAAAGGUGUGUUCCAAAGAGCUAUUAUGCAAAGUGGAUGUGCUUUUAAUCCUUGGACAAUAAAUUUGAAACACAAAAACGCUGCUCUCAAAUUAGCGGCGGAUUUGGGUUGUCCGUCAGACGAACCUCACGAAAUAGUACAGUAUUUAAGAAGAGUUCCUUUAAACGACUUAGUAAAAGCUACUAAAGUUGAAUCUAUAAGUAAAGAUCAAAGAGAAUUUUUAGUUUUCCAAUUUAUUCCGACCAUUGAAAGCGAUCAAGUUAGUGAGAGAUUGAUACCAGCCCAUCCUCAGGAGCUGUCGAAAACAGCCACAUCGAUUCCUUUAAUAUCCGGACUCACCGAUCUAGAAGGAAUGGUAUUCUUUGGAGAUCAUAGAAUUGGAAAAUUAAUACCUUUACGUAAUGUCGAAGAAUUUAUUGAAUUUUUCAAAGGCGAUGUCAAAUCCGAUGAAGUCAAAAAAAGAAUCCGAUCGUUUUACUUUAAUGGUCACGAUUUAAAAACUGACAUUGAGAAUCUAGAAAGUAUUUGCAAGAUAACAGGCGAUGUGUUUUUCACCAGAGAUUUCCACAAAGGAUUCGUCCACUUACUGGAAAAAGGCAAUACGCCAGUUUAUAACUAUGAAUUUAAAUUUGACGGAGAAAUUAAUCUGUUAAAAGAAAUUUUUUUUUCUAAAAAACCAAAUUUACGAAAGUUGAAAGGAGCGUGUCACGGUGAUGAAUUGAGUUAUUUAUUCCUUGCUAAUUCGUUUGCAUUCACGCCUAAACCAAAUUCCAGAGAAUUAAGAAUGUGCAGGACAAUAUGUAAACUAUGGACUAAUUUUGCAAAAACAGGAAAUCCGAAUUCGUCAGAUCUUAAAUUCAAAUGGGACUGUACAAGCUUGGAAAAUCCUAAACAUCUAUCGAUUGACGGCGACGAUACUCAUAUGGUCGAAGGCGAAGUGAACGGAGCCAGAGUAAAAUUUUGGAAAGACAUAGCCGAAUUAGUAAAAUUAAAUCAAAAGCUGUGAUGUGUUAAUGUAUUUCAAUGGCGGCUCGUAGCGAAAUACAUGAAGAGUGAACAGUGUAAAACUUAAUAAACGCAUAUGCAUUUUGUUUGGUCAAUUGGUUGAAAAUUCAAAUCGAGUUUUAAAAACAAUAACCGUGGCUAAAGCCUAUGAGACAG